UAAAUGCCGCAUCAAAACCCCCCACCCACCCCCUCCAUUCAAAUGGCCUUUUCCAUCUCCUCCUCCACCUUCCUUUACCGUCUCCGAUGUCCUCCUCCGCCGCAGCAGAGCCGCCUCCGCCGCCCUCGCCUUCCCCCUCGCUCGCGCAGAAUUUCAGAUCGCUCGGUCUCGGAUACGCAAUCGCCAUCGCGCUCGGAUUCCUUGUUCUAUUUUCAACCGUUUUGCUCGCAUCCUACAUCUGCUGCCGAUCCGCGGCCGCGCGGCGCCGGAGGAACCGCCAGGGCGAGGAUCGCCGCCGCACGGGGGAGAAUAGCGUCUACCUUCCGCGGAUGAUCUUCGUGGAGGAGGAGGAUGAGGAGAGUGAGUCGCGAAACGUCGUCGUAGGACUCGACCAGGCGGUUAUUAACUCGUAUCCGAAACUGGUGUUCUCGAAGCGCGGCGGCGGCGGCGGCGGUUUGGAGAACAACAGUGUUUGUUCGAUUUGUCUGUGCGAGUAUAAGGAGGCGGAGAUGCUCCGGAUGCUGCCGGACUGUCGGCACUGCUUUCACGUGAUGUGUGUGGACGCUUGGCUGAAGCUCAACGCGUCGUGUCCGGUCUGCCGGAACUCACCGCUGCCGACGCCGCUCUCGACGCCGCUGCAGGAGGUGGUGCCGCUCUCGCAGUACUCCGAUGGGCGGCGGAGGCAAUAAUUGAGGGGUGGGUUUGGUAAUCUGGGGAAUUAGGUGUGCUUUUAUGUAAUUCUUAUUUUUGGUGGGGGUGUUUGAUUGUAGAAGAAAGAAAGUUUUGGGUAGCUUUGUAAUUUUUCAUUUGAUUUGUCAAUUACUAUAAAUUAAAGAAUUGAAAAUGUGCAUGCUUAUUUCUAUA